AUGCCAGUUAGUAAAGGACCUAUUGCAAAAAAUAAAAUUCAAAAUAAACGUAAAAAAAAUCAGAAUGAUGAUUUGAGGACAGCUGAUGAGUUUGAAAAAAAACCCAAAACAAAAGAAAUUACUAAAAAAUGUUUAAUUACUGAUAUAUCUACUUAUACAGCUGUCAUUAAGUCAAAACCUUUUUCAACUUCAUGUGGUGUUAAAUCAAAUAGUAAGGUUUCAAGUAAUAAAAAUAAUCAGUUACCUACUCAAGUUAAAUCAGAAGUAAAAAAAGAUGAUAUCAAUAAUUGUGUAAAACCAAAAAAAAUAAAGGCUCCUUCAAAAAAUGUUAAAAAAGUUACUUCGGAAUCUAAAAGUAACAAAAAAGAAUUUCUUAAAAAUGAUGAUGAAGAAGGAGAAGGUAUAAAUGAAGGUGGCAAAGAAAAUAAAGAUACAAUUAUAGAAAUGCCCAUAGAUAUUUCUAAGACAUGUUGUAUAACAACUGAUAAAAAUAAAGAUGUUAGAAAAAAAUUUUGUGAAGAGUUAUUAGCAAUGAAAAGUAUAAAACAUGUUGUUGGAAACAAAGAGUUUAAAAAUCCAAAAUAUAAACCUAAUUUACCAGCAACUGCUUUUGCUAAAAAUAGUAGCCUUAAUAGAUAUAGUGAUGUUAAAUGUAUUGACAAAACUAGAGUUAUAUUAAAAAGAAAUUUACCAGAAUUCAAGGCAAAAAGAAUUACCAAAUCAUUUUCAUCGGAUGAAAAAUGUGUUGCACAAGAAAAUGACUACAUACAUGCAAAUUAUGUUAAAGUUCCAAACUCUGAUUUUACAUAUAUAUGUUGUCAGGGUCCAUUAGAAAAUACUUUAGAUGAUCAUUGGUUAAUGUGUUGGCAAGAAAAUGUAAAAGUUAUUGUUAUGUUGUGUGAAGUUAUUGAAGAUAAUGAAGAAAAAUGUCAUAAAUAUUGGCCAGAUAUUAUGACAAAAAAAGCUUAUGGAGGAAUUUUUGUUACCAAUGAAAAAGAAGAUACUAAUAAAUAUGCCAAUGUUGUGAUAAGAACUUUUAAAGUUCAAUUAAAUGAUAUGAAGAGAACGAUUAUUCAAUAUCAUAUGAGAUCAUGGCCGGAUCGUUUAAUACCAAAUGGAACACCAAUAAUAUGUUGUAUUUUACGCGAAAUUCAACUUGUUAGUGGUUUAAAUCCUACUGUCGUUCAUUGUAGUGCAGGAAUUGGAAGGACAGGAACAUUCAUGGGUGUUCAUUAUAUAAGUGAAAAAUUUAAAAUGAUUAAUGAUGGUAAUAUUAAUAUUUUGGAAGCUAUAAAAGAGAUGCGAGAACAACGUUUACAAACAGUACAAUCUACAAUACAAUUUGGUUAUUUACAUAUAUGUCUUCUUCAAUAUUUUUGUGAAGAAAAUAUUUUUGAUACUACUGAUAAUGUCAAAGAAUUUAUUUCAAAAAGUGUUGAAACAAUACAACAAUAUGCCUUACGUCUAACUCAAAAAAAUAAGGCAAAAGAAUGUGAAAGCAAAGGAAAAUAA